UCCAGGCUGCUCAACUCGGCAUGUUUCCCGCAGCUCCGUGACUCACAUUCAAAAGACAACGAAGCUGCAAUUGUAAGUGCUUACCUUUUUGCUCCGAGCAGUCUUCUAGUUUCCUUUCUGUGGAUCCACUAGUUUCAAAAACUUACGUGGCCUUUACUCCCGUCUUUCAAGUCACACUCUAUUCGUCCCAUCUAUAAAAAGAGUCCAUCACCCAGUUCUAUAAAAUGCUCCUCACCAGUCCAAUCACCUACCUCCUAACACUCGCUCUCACAGCCCCAACAAUGACGUACGCCACCAAAACCACUACCGUUCCCCCUUUCAACCUCUCCUCCCCCGCUGGCACCGACAUCUGGCGCAAACCACCCAGCCGCGACGUCUUCUCCGCACCUACCCACCCGGCCCCUCUGCCCAAGUACCCUCUCUCCUCCUUUCAGCGAGCUCGUCUGACGUUCACCCUCCCAUCCCAGUCCGCAUUGAGACAAUACGACCAAGCCGGCCUUCUCCUCCAUUUCACCAAACCGGGCCAAAAGGACAAAUGGCUCAAGACGGGGAUCGAAUUCUACUACGGGAAACCGUACAUUAGUACCGUGGGCACCGAUCAAUGGAGUGACUGGAGCGUUGUCCCCUUGCAAGAGGCCGGGGAUAGGCCGAGCGCGACGGUGGAGGCGAGGAGGGAGAAGGAUGCGUUGGGAAAGAGUUUGUGGGUUUAUCAGAUUGUGAGGGAUGGGGAGGGGAAGGAGGUGGAGAGGCAGCCGUUGAGGGAGGUGAAUUGGGUGUUUGCGGAGGAGGAGGGGUGGGAGGUCGGUGUGGGUGGGUAUGUGGCUAGGCCUACGGUGGAGGGGGGUGAGGGGGAGUUGGAGGCUGAGUUU